CUGACAAUGAUUUCCUCAGUGAUUACGUACAGAGCGAGUCCCUGCGGGUUAGGGGCCCCCUCUGGAGCCAUCCUGAUGGCUUUGGGGGCCUUGCUUCCAUUUUCCAUUAUUAUGUGGACUACCGGAGCGACAGCGCAGUCCAAGACCUUGCAGGAUGUCUCGCCGCAAGCAAGCGAAACCGAGAUCCCUCAAAGACCCCAACUGUGAACUUGAAGACAAGACUGAAGAUGGAGAGGCAGGGGACUGUAAGAAGAGGCCGGAAGAUGGGGAGGAGCUGGAAGACGAAGCCGUGCACAGCUGUGACAGCUGCUUCCAGGUGUUUGAGUCACUGAGCGACAUCACAGAACACAAGAUUAAUCGAUGUCAGCUGACAGAUGGAGUGGAUGUGGAAGAUGACCCCACUUGCUCCUGGCCAGCUUCCUCACCUUCGAGCAAGGACCAGACUUCCCCCAGCCACGGAGAAGGUUGCGAUUUUGGAGAGGAAGAAGGUGGCCCUGGACUCCCUUAUCCAUGCCAAUUCUGUGACAAGUCGUUCAGUCGUCUCAGCUACCUAAAGCACCAUGAGCAGAGUCACAGCGACAAGCUGCCUUUCAAAUGCACUUACUGCAGUAGGCUGUUCAAACACAAGCGGAGCCGAGAUCGCCACAUCAAACUCCACACUGGGGACAAGAAGUACCACUGCAGCGAAUGCGACGCCGCAUUCUCCAGAAGUGAUCACCUGAAGAUCCACUUAAAGACUCACACGUCCAACAAGCCAUAUAAAUGUGCCAUUUGUCGCCGUGGGUUCCUGUCCUCUAGUUCCUUACACGGACACAUGCAGGUUCACGAAAGGAACAAGGACGGCUCCCAGUCUGGUUCCAGGAUGGAGGACUGGAAGAUGAAGGACACUCAGAAGUGCAGUCAGUGCGAGGAAGGCUUUGACUUCCCGGAAGACCUCCAGAAGCACAUUGCAGAGUGCCACCCCGAGUGCUCCCCGAACGAGGACCGGGCGGCCCUCCAGUGUGUCUACUGCCACGAGCUCUUUGUGGAGGAGACCUCCCUGAUGAACCACAUGGAGCAGAUGCACGGCGGGGAGAAGAAGAACUCCUGCACCAUCUGCUCCGAGAGUUUCCACACUGUCGAGGAACUGUACAGCCACAUGGACAGUCACCAGCAACCGGAGUCAUGCAACCACAGCAACAGCCCUUCCCUGGUCACGGUGGGCUAUACCUCCGUGUCCAGCACGACUCCGGACUCCAACCUCUCAGUGGACAGCUCGACCAUGGUGGAAGCCGCCCCACCAAUCCCCAAGAGUCGAGGGAGGAAGCGGGCCUCUCAGCAAACCCCGGACAUGACCGUCCCCGCGAGUAAACAGGCAAAAGUCACCUACAGCUGUAUUUACUGCAACAAGCAGUUGUUUUCGAGUCUGGCGGUUCUGCAGAUUCACCUGAAAACUAUGCAUUUAGAUAAGCCAGAGCAGGCCCACAUUUGUCAGUAUUGCUUGGAGGUAUUGCCCUCCCUCUAUAACCUCAAUGAACAUCUUAAGCAAGUGCACGAAGCUCAGGACCCAGGUCUGAUCGUUUCUGCCAUGCCUGCCAUAGUCUACCAGUGCAACUUCUGCUCCGAAGUUGUCAAUGACCUCAACACCCUUCAGGAACACAUCCGAUGUUCUCACGGAUUUGCCAACCCUGCGGCUAAGGACAGCAACGCUUUUUUCUGUCCCCAUUGCUACAUGGGGUUCCUCACUGACUCUUCCCUCGAAGAGCAUAUCAGGCAGGUCCACUGCGACCUCAGUGGCUCCCGAUUUGGGUCUCCAGUGCUCGGGACUCCAAAAGAACCAGUCGUAGAAGUCUAUUCUUGUUCCUAUUGUACAAAUUCUCCAAUAUUCAACAGCGUCCUUAAACUGAACAAGCACAUCAAAGAGAAUCAUAAAAACAUUCCCUUGGCCCUGAAUUAUAUUCACAACGGGAAGAAAUCCAGGGCCUUGAGCCCCCUCUCUCCUGUGGCCAUAGAGCAGACAUCUCUCAAGAUGAUGCAGGCGGUCGGGGGUGCGCCUGCGCGGCCGGCGGGAGAGUAUAUCUGUAAUCAGUGUGGUGCUAAGUACACGUCCCUGGACGGCUUUCAGACUCACCUGAAAACUCAUCUCGACACCGUGCUUCCGAAACUGACCUGUCCUCAGUGCAACAAGGAGUUCCCCAACCAAGAAUCCCUGCUGAAGCACGUCACCAUUCAUUUUAUGAUCACCUCCACGUACUACAUCUGCGAGAGUUGUGACAAGCAGUUCACGUCGGUGGACGACCUUCAGAAACACCUGCUGGACAUGCACACCUUCGUCUUCUUCCGCUGCACCCUCUGUCAAGAAGUUUUCGACUCGAAGGUCUCCAUUCAGCUCCACUUGGCCGUGAAGCACAGUAACGAGAAGAAAGUCUACCGCUGCACGUCCUGCAACUGGGACUUCCGCAACGAGACAGACCUGCAGCUGCACGUGAAGCACAACCACCUGGAGAACCAGGGCAAAGUGCACAAGUGCAUCUUCUGCGGCGAGUCCUUCGGCACCGAGGUGGAGCUGCAGUGCCACAUCACCACCCACAGCAAGAAGUACAACUGCAAGUUCUGCAGCAAAGCCUUUCACGCCAUCAUCCUGCUGGAGAAGCACCUGCGGGAGAAGCACUGCGUGUUCGAUGCCAAGACGCCCAGCUGCGGUGCCAACGGGGCCUCGGAACAGGUGCAGAAGGAGGAGGCGGAGCUGCAGACCCUGCUGACCGACAGCCAGGGCUCCCACAACAGCCACGACGGGAGCGAGGAGGACGUGGACACCUCGGAGCCCAUGUACGGCUGCGACAUCUGCGGGGCGGCCUACACCAUGGAGACCCUGCUGCAGAACCACCAGCUGCGGGACCACAACAUCCGGCCCGGGGAGAGCGCCAUCGUGAAGAAGAAAGCCGAGCUCAUCAAGGGCAACUACAAGUGCAACGUGUGCUCUCGAACCUUCUUCUCGGAAAACGGCCUCCGGGAACACAUGCAGACCCACCUGGGCCCCGUCAAACACUACAUGUGCCCCAUCUGUGGGGAGCGCUUCCCCUCCCUCUUGACUCUGACCGAACACAAAGUCACGCACAGUAAGAGCCUCGAUACCGGAAACUGCCGCAUCUGCAAGAUGCCGCUCCAGAGCGAAGAGGAGUUUCUAGAGCAUUGCCAAAUGCACCCCGACCUGAGGAAUUCCCUGACGGGAUUUCGCUGUGUGGUCUGCAUGCAGACGGUGACCUCCACCUUAGAACUCAAAAUCCACGGGACGUUCCACAUGCAAAAGACGGGCAACGGGUCUGCGGUCCAGCCCACGGGGCGUGGCCAGCAUGUCCCCAAACUGUACAAGUGCGCGUCCUGCCUCAAGGAAUUCCGUUCCAAGCAAGAUCUGGUGAAACUUGACAUCAACGGCCUGCCAUAUGGUCUGUGUGCCGGCUGCGUGAAUCUCAGCAAGAGCGGCAGCCCGGGUAUCAGCAUCCCUCCCGGCACGAGUAGACCAGGCCUGGGCCAGAAUGAGAACCUGAGUGCCAUGGAGGGUAAGGGCAAGGCCGGGGCGCUGAAGACGCGCUGUUCCAGCUGCAACGUUAAGUUUGAGUCUGAAAGUGAACUCCAGAACCACAUCCAAACGGUCCACCGAGAGCUGGUGCCAGACGGCAACAGCACACAGUUGAAAACGCCGCAAGUAUCGCCCAUGCCCAGAAUCAGCCCCUCCCAGUCGGAUGAGAUGGAAGCAGCUGUUCUAAGGGAGGUGACAGUCCUGUACUCUGCACAGAAGAAGACCUAUCAGUGCAUCAAGUGUCAGAUGGUUUUCUACAAUGAAUGGGAUAUUCAGGUGCAUGUUGCAAAUCACAUGAUUGAUGAAGGACUGAACCAUGAGUGCAAACUCUGCAGCCAGACCUUCGACUCCCCUGCCAAACUCCAGUGCCACCUGAUCGAGCACAGCUUCGAAGGGAUGGGCGGUACCUUCAAGUGUCCCGUCUGCUUUACAGUGUUCGUUCAAGCAAACAAGUUGCAGCAGCAUAUUUUCUCUGCCCAUGGACAAGAAGACAAGAUCUAUGACUGCACACAAUGCCCACAGAAGUUUUUCUUCCAAACAGAGCUGCAGAAUCAUACGAUGACCCAACACAGCAGUUAGUGCAAGCACGGUCUCUCAAGGAGAAUGACUUUUGUGGCACAAAAAGGGAACAUAUUUUACUCUUUGCACGAAACUUUCAUUGUUAAUGUAUAUUAUUCAGAAACAUUGUAUUGUACCAUAAAACUUGUAUUAUCAAAACUGUUGGAUGUUCAUGUGUUUGAACUUUUGAGCACCGGAUAGACCCCCUGUAUAUAAAGUGUCUCACAUGUAUUAUGUCGUCUGAUACUAAAAUGGUCUUAUAAAGACAAGUGGACUUGGGCCCUAUUCAGGCAAGAUUUUAAAAAAAUGUGAGCAAAAUGGCUUAAGAGAAAGUAUUUUCAAGGAAGACAGAUUAAAACAACCCUGUUACACAGGAGACUAUGUUUGGACUUCCUUUUCUUAACACUUAAGCCUAGAAUUUCUCUUUUGGUAUAUCAACAGUUAAACCCAAGACUAUUUUUUAUUGCUGAAGAUUCUUGCAAACCAUGAAGAGAUGUUCUCACAGAACCCCACAGCUGGAUAAGGCCCAUAUAUAUAUUUGUAAGCCUUGCAAUGUGACAGGUAGCAUCACUAUAUAUGCAAUAGUUGUUAUGUAGACUGUCAAAGAAUUUUUUUUUUUCCUGGAUACAUUUGAAGCUUUGAGUGUUCAAGGUUUUCCUUAAUGAUUUCACACAGCCAAAUUCUUGAAUCAGUCGAACUAACCUGUAUGUUACUGUUAUUAAUGUUUACUCUGCGGUCUGAACCUGGAGAUUACUGGAAUUGUUUUCCAAGAGGAAAUAAAUUCAGUUUACCAUUAGG